CAACAGGGGGCAGUAAAGUACUGAAUGGUCAACGGAACAACGCUGAAUUUUUAAAACAUGUGGAACAUGCUGAAGACUGCGCUCAAAUGUUAUUUUUUUGCGUGGUGAAGCAGAUAUGUACUUGUGACGGACAAAUAAAACUGAACAAUGUCAGAAAGCAGCAGUGAAGAUGAAAAUUCGGACAGACUGAAAGAGGCGGUGUGGAGCUUUGGAUCAGAGGAUGUCAAGAUCAAUGGAAAAGAUGGAGCCAGCAACAGCAGACAAAGUCAUAGAGCAGACGUUUCAAAACAUGAACAUGAUGGUAAUGAGCUCGGGACAACCCCAGAGUUCAGAUCACAUGUGGCAAAAAAGUUAGGAGCCUUAUUGGACGGGUGCAUUUCAGAGGUGUUUUCGAAGACCGAUUACUCAAAACCUGGUCAGUCUGAAAUCAGAGAGGAAGAACAUGAUGAAAAAGGUUUCCUUCUUUUCACCACAUCUGUUCCUGGAAAAUGGAUGGAGCAGUCACCACCUCCACCCCCUAAAAGAAGACCAAUUCCCAGCUCUAGUGACAGUGACAGUGAGAUGGAGAUGAGGCUUCGAGAAGCUGCAGUGUCUGUAUCAGACCUCCUCGGUCCUUCAGCCCAACCCCUUACAGAGAAAAUAGAGGAGAAACGUGUGACAAAAGAACAGCCACAGACAGGAGAGGAGACUGAAAAGAAUAUAGACACAGUCCUGAAGAAGAAGAAAAAGAAGAAAAGAAAAAUGCUGAAAGAGGGAAGUGAAGAGAAUGUAGCGGAGAAACAAUCUAAUGGAAAAGGAACAAAUGAGAAACCAACUGUGGUAGAGAAACUGGCAAAGAAAAAAAAGAAAAAGAAAAGGAUAAAGUUGGAGGAGGGAGGAAUGGACAAAUGUUGAAUGAGACUUUAUAUUGUGUGUUUAAACAGAAGUUGGAAUUACUUGUUCUAGAUGUAAUAUUUUACGAUGUUCGUUAAACAGUAACAGUUGACUGCAAUGAAUGCAAAGAA